GCUAUUAUCUUCCAGAAACAAAUCAAAAAUAAUGUUCACAUGGAUCCAAAGUCAAAAUGCAUUUAAGAACCCACACGUGAGGCUGCAGUCCUAUCAUAUUUAUAACUCACCCCCUCUUCUUCUUCUCCUUCUUCUCCUCAGCUAAUUCUCUUUCCUUCCUUUUAAGCAAACCCUUGUUCUUGUUCUUGUUCUUCGAUUCGGGUUCGAUUCGGGUAUGCCUGAAUGUCAAGAGAAAGAGAAUUGCAGGAGGUUGAUGAGAUAAAGAGGGAGGUGGUUGAAGGGUUUUAUCCAUUAAUGGGAAGAAGGCAGAUAUUGAGUCAAGCUGGGGCGUUGAAUACCAUAACGCCAUGUGCGGCCUGUAAGCUAUUAAGAAGAAGGUGCGCUCAAGAAUGCCCAUUUUCUCCAUAUUUCUCUCCCCAUGAACCCCACAAGUUUGCUUCGGUCCAUAAGGUUUUUGGUGCCAGCAACGUGGCUAAGAUGCUCAUGGAAGUGCCGGAGAGUCAAAGAGCGGACGCCGCAAACAGCCUAGUGUAUGAAGCCAAUCUGAGGCUGAGGGAUCCAGUGUACGGCUGCAUGGGCGCCAUUUCUGCUCUCCAACACCAACUUCAAACCUUACAAGCUGACCUCAACGCUAUAAGAACUGAGAUUUUGAAGUACAAAUAUAGAGAAGCCAUCAUCCCUUCUCCUUCCUCCUCUUCCUCUUCCCACAUCGCUUUCAUUUCCGCUACCGGGCUCGUAUCCACCACCGCAACCCCGCCUACUGCCCCGCCAACUCCGCCGCCUUCUCAGCCACCUCCGCUCUCUCUUCCCCCGCCUCUUCCUCCCUCCUCCUCCUCCUCCUCCAUCUUUUCUCCGCCCAUCAGCACCACCACUGCCCCUCAACUAAUUAACCCUAUCUCAACCCAACAUAUUCCUUACUUUGGUUGAGCUUCACCACCUUUAGCUAUUGGGAACUGAUUUUUAUGGCUUUUGGGCAUUGCUUUUAGUGCAACUAAUAAUGUGUUGUUGGUUUGAGACGAUUUUUGAACGAACGAACAAACAAACAAAAACAAAAGGGCUUUAAUUUUAUGUGAAAAUAGUUAGUAAAAGCUUAGUAAAUUUGUGUUGGCGUGCAGCCUUGUGCUACUAAUCAGUGUUCCUCAUUUGGGUUGACUUCAUAAACAGUGAGUCGCACAUGCAUGGGGUUUAGUCGGUGUUUUGU